CGUGUAAUCGUGUCUGUUUUAUAAAAUUGUAAUCGCUCCGCCCGCUGCUGGUCAAUUUUCUGCUAGUGUUGAAGGAAAUCAGUCUAUAUUUUCUGCAAGCUAGUAUUUGGAAAAAAUUGCUGCGUAAACAAAACUGUAUCUGUUUAGUGAAAGUUACUAAUUACUCCUUAAACAUAAAACGUAUGCGUUCAGACCAGAAUAAAGCUGAAUAGAAUUCGGACAAAACAUUUUCAGAGCAUCGUUGUUCCGGGGACAAGUGGCCGAAAGGAUUAAUUCAUCCGAUUCAUCACGGUGAACGUGGUGUUGCCUGUGGUUUUAGCUGUAUAUAUUAGUGGUGAUAGUCUAGCCAGAAUGUCUGGAAAAAGCAUUAUGAACAAAUUUUUGCUCCGGAACAUUGUCCGGAUGAUGAUCAAUUGCUCGUACAUAUGUAUGUUCUACAUGAUGAUCCUCUGCUUGCUUGACACGGCAGGGGUAGGCGCGAACAAGAUGCCCGAAGAAGACAUCUCAAUGGCGACGGAAGUUAAUAAACCGGAUGUGGAAAGCAGUGGUAGCCCUACCGAGAAGAAGAAUGGUGGUUUCUUCAGCUCGGAUGUGGGCUUCGUACACGCGUUUGUCGCGUCCUUCUCUGUGAUCAUCGUUUCAGAGUUGGGUGACAAAACGUUCUUCAUAGCUGCCAUUAUGGCUAUGCGUCAUCCCCGACUAACCGUGUUUACCGGAGCGAUAGCAGCGCUAGCGCUUAUGACGGUCCUGUCGGCUGUAUUUGGAAUGGCCGCUACAAUCAUCCCACGGGUUUAUACGUACUACAUUUCGACGGCACUAUUUGCCUUGUUCGGUUUGAAAAUGCUCAAGGAGGGCUAUUAUAUGUCCGCAACAGAAGCAGCCGAAGAGCUAGAAGAGGUGCAAUCGGAUCUCAGAAAGCGCGAAGAUGAGUUGAUGCGCUCGAUGAACAGUAGCCGCAAGGAGACCGUUGAGCUGGUCCCUCUGAACGAACACGACAGUACUAGUAAAGCACUGACCGCACCCGACCGUACCAGCGGAAGCACACUGAACGGAUCGAUCCAUUCGCUCGUCUCGAAUCACCAUGAUCUGCCACAGCCGAUUCGCAUGUCCGCAUCGUCAUCCCAGUUGCAAGCAUCGAAUCACCAUCUCGCUAGUCAUCAUCUCAGUGAUAGCAUAAAUAAUAUUAAUAGGAAUAAGCAUGGCUCGUCCAAAAGUCUUGCCGUAACGGUGUUCGAGCAGAAUGAGCAACGCCAACGGACACGGUCCGGAGUCGUGGCCAACGGUGGAAUCGGUACAGGCGCCACCAUCAACGGUUCUGUGUCAAACGGAUUGGCCGAUGGGAGCGACAUAGUCACGUCCGGUUCGAUCGGUUCCAUUGGCCAAAGCAAACGGCUGGAAAAGGAAACUUCCGCCACGUUGAUCCAGGAUGCAGAAACGGGCGUGAUACGUAAAAAUAAGCAGCAAACGGCGAUCAAUCUUCUGCUACGAAUCUUCAUGCAGGCAUUUACGAUGACGUUCCUGGCCGAGUGGGGCGACCGGUCCCAGCUGACCACAAUCAUUUUGAGUGCCCGCGAAAACGUGUACGGUGUCAUCCUAGGCGGUGUUAUUGGCCACGCGAUCUGCACCGGACUGGCCGUCAUUGGUGGUCGAAUGAUAGCGCAGAAAAUUUCCGUCAGAACAGUCACUCUCAUCGGUGGAGUUGUUUUCCUGUUGUUCGCUGUGAGUGCACUGUUCUUCAGCCCGGAGGAAGAGCCUGUAAAGGUUUCGCCCUAGUGUGAUAAAUUUUCCGCUUUGAAAACUACCAUAGGCAAGAAGGUGACCCCAUCUUAAGUAUUUAAUUUUAGUAAGAGAAAGUGUUUACACUGUGCUGUGACGAGCAUCUUUUAUUUUUAUCGUUAAACCCCUCAGUUGCAUAUAAAUUAAUAGCUAAAUCCAUCCAAUGCAUGAAUCGCAAAAUAUACAUAGAAAAUUGUUCCUAUUUGAAUACACUCACAAACGGCUGGUUUGAUUUCUCCGUUAAAAAAUUGUACAAUUAGGAUCGCGGUUAUUAUAUACAGUAACUUAAAAAUAAAAGCUGUUUCAAAUCGUCUACGCGAGUCAAGCUUUUUUUCAAUAAACAAACAAGGUAACUUCAUUUGGAAUCAGACCUACAUCGCUGAAUCGACAAAUCCUUCGAGUAUGUACCAAAUAGGUAAUUGGAAACUUCUUCAUUAACCAAAACGCAAAAUCAAAAAUCAUAUCUUUCUUGUUGUUAUAAGUCGAUGUACAUUCUGAUCAGUCGUCAUUAUCUCCCAUGGGUAGUAAAAUUCGGGUUUUUGAUAUUUUAUUGACAAUUUUUCGAAAACCUUUAACGUGACUUCUUGGACGCUUGAUUUUAGGUAAAUUGAGAAAUGUACAGACAAUCGUCCAUCUUUAAAACCAUUUUUUUCUCUACCGCCUGGCAAAACUUCAUGGAAUAUAAUCAGUGUAUUCAGAACAUUGCUAGGUUUCUGUGUAUUGAUUUUUGUAAAGAUACAGUCUA